CUUGGGUCGCUCCAAGGUAUGACGGGCAUGAACACGCUACCAUCCAUGCAGCAGGCAUCUGUCUGCUUCCUAGCGCUUCUCCUCUGUUCUCUCUUAUUAUCAUCUUUCUCUUAUGCUCUGUCUGAUUCUGAAAUUGCGUUCAUUGCUCAUCGACAACUCUUAGCUCUUCCUGAGAACGGUGAAUUGACUGAUGAUUAUGAAUUUAAUGUGAAGCUUAAUCUCUCGUUUGAGAAUCUCAGGCUUCGGCGUGCAUACAUUGCACUUCAAGCGUGGAAACAUGCCGUACAUUCAGACCCCCUUAAAACCACUCAAAAUUGGGAAGGUCCGAAUGUUUGCGAUUACAAUGGAGUUUUCUGCGCACCGGCACUUGACGAUCCAAAGUUGAUGGUUGUUGCUGGCAUUGAUCUUAAUCAUGCUGACAUUGCCGGAUAUCUGCCUGUUGAGUUGGGCCUAUUGACUGAUAUGGCUCUAUUUCACCUAAACUCUAAUAGAUUUUGUGGGAUCAUUCCCAAGAGUUUCUCAAAGCUUAGGCUUCUCCAUGAAUUGGAUGUUAGUAACAAUCGAUUUGUUGGUCCUUUCCCAGAUGUUGUAAUAUCAUUACCCUCGCUUAAGUACCUUGAUUUAAGGUACAAUAAUUUUGAAGGCGAAUUGCCAUCUGAGCUGUUUGAAAUGGAGUUGGAUGCAUUGUUCUUGAACAACAAUCGGUUUGUAUCUAGCAUUCCUGAAACUUUGGGGUACUCUCCAGCCACAGUCGUUGUGGUUGCCAACAACAAGCUCUCAGGUUGUAUUCCAAACAGCAUUGGCAAGAUGUACAAUACCUUGAACGAGAUUAUUUUCCAGAACAACAACCUCUCUGGAUGCUUGCCAAUUGAGAUUGGAAGGCUCGGAAAUGUAACAGUUUUGGACAUUGCUUCGAAUUCUUUCAGCGGAGUGUUGCCAAAGACAUUUAAAGGGCUUGGAAAAGUAGAACACUUUGAUGUUGCACAUAACAUGCUGACAGGUUUUGUCUCGGACGACAUAUGCCGCUUGCCAAGCUUGAACAACUUCACAUUUUCAUACAACUAUUUCAAUGGAGAGGCUAAAUCAUGCGAGCCAUCAAAGGGGAGAGACAUUGUGUUCGACGAUAUUAGCAACUGCUUGCCAGAUAGGCCAAAGCAGAAGUCAGCCAAAGAAUGUCAUCCAGUGGUAAGCCGACCAGUUGAAUGCAGUAAGUCAAAAUGUGGUGGUGGCGGUGGCGGUGGAUCAUCACCACGUCGUCCAAGUUCUCCUGCUAAGAAGACGUCGCCUCCAUCACCAAAAGCAACACCAAAACCAGAACCCCCAAAAGAACAAUCAAAGCCACAACCGCCCAAAAUAGAGCCAAAACCACAGGCACGGCCACCAAAAGAACAAUCUCCCCAACCAAAACCAUCACCAAAGCCGCAGCUGCCGAAAAUAGAACACACACCAAAGGCACAACCACCGAAAGAACAAUCGCCUGGACCAAAACCAUCACUAAAGCCGCAACCGCCGAAAACAGAACCAACGUCAAAGCCACAACCACCAAAAGAACAACCACCUGAACCAAAACCAUCUCCGAAGCAGCAGUCACCCAAAACAGAAUCGACACCAAAACCACAACCACCAAAAGAACAAUCCCCUGAACCAAAACCAUCUCCAGAGCCAAAACCAGAACCAACACCAACAUUGCAACCUCCUACACCAAAACCAAGUCCAACCCUUGUUCCUAACACUCCAAAAAUAGCAUCACCUAUAGAUAACCCCCGUAACGGAUCACUUGUAAAAAGGCAGCGGUCUCCACCACAACAAUUGCCGCCACCAGUUUUUCAGUCUCCAACACCACCAAAGACUCUGGCCCCAGCACCGCUAGAAGAUCCCCACGGACACUCACCCAUUAGGAGGUACCAAUCUCCACCUCCUCCUGUACAAUUGUCAUCACCUCUCAUCCAUUCACCACCGCCACCCGUCUAUUCUCCACCACCUCCAGUACGCUCACCACCACCACCUGUACACUCCCCACCUCUACCAGUCCAUUCUCCACCACCACCAAUUAGUUCUCCUCCACCUCCAGUUUACUCACCACCACCACCACCACUAGAAGAUCCCCACGGAAUAUCACCCUUUACUAGGUACCGAUCUCCACCUCCACACGUACAGUUGUCAUCACAUCUCGUCCAUUCACCACCGCCACCCGUCUAUUCUCCACCACCACCAGCAGUAAAUUCUCCACUACCCCCAGUACACUCACCACUACCACCUGUACACUCUUCACCUCCACCAGUCCAUUCUCCACCAUCAUCAAUUAGUUCUCCUCCACCUCCAGUUUACUCACCACCACCACCAAUUGGUUCUCCGCCACCUCCAGUUUACUCACCACCACCACCACCUGUACACUCUCCUCCACCACCAGUAAGUUCUCCGCCACCUCCAGUUCACUCUCCACCACCAGCAGUUCUUUCACCACCGCCACCAGUGUAUUCUCCCCCACCAACAGACCACUCUCCAUCUCCAACUUCCUCCCCUCUUUCUCCAGCUCCUGCCCCUGCUUCUGUUUUCUCGGAACCACCGGGAAACCGAGAAUUCAAUCUGCCACCAAAUCUCGGCUUCCAAUACUCAUCACCGCCUCCACCAAUGUUCCCAGGAUACUAAUUGGUGCAACUUCAGCUUCUUCCUUUUACAUUUUAACCCUUUUCAAUAGUUUUACAAUCUUACAACCUAAACACGCUUAUGUUAGUUUGUAGCUUUUCAUUUUCAUUCCAGAAAGAAAAUGUAUGUAUGAUCUCCAAUGCAAUUCCCAUCGGCAAAAUGCCUAUCUGAAAAUCUAAAAAUUCAGAGGAAAAGUUAUGAUGCCAAUUACAUUGUCUCAUCAAUAUUUUACUCGAUGAAAUGAUUUUUUUUUUUACGUUCAUUUG